GUCAGCACGCGUUCACAGAACGCUGGCAAAGGACGCUUCUCAGAAAACAGUCUCCGAAGCAUCAAUAUAAAUAACGAACCCUGCACUCGUGUGUGUGCAUGUGUGUCUCCGAAGAGCUCUAACGCUUGUCGUAAAAGACACGGGCACCGGCUAGCCGUUCCGCUGCACAAUGACAGCACCCCAACGUCUCUUGGUGGCGCAAGUGAGUGCCUUUCUGCUGUGCCUGACAAAGGCUCAUCCGAGCUGUUACCCAGGAGAUGCCACGUACAACUGUUAUUACUUCUGCGAAGCCUUCACGAGUGCCCGGCACUUUGCCAUGAUAGACCGAUACCGUGCGCGGAAUUGCGCCCACUUCGUCCUGAAGGACAGUUACUUGGACCGCUUGCCCCCGAACGCAUUCGCUGACACCAGUGUGUCCGUGCUGCAGUUCAGUAACGUGACUGUGGGCGCUUACGGCGAUCAGCAGAAAAACGCGACCAGUCCGUUCGACGCCCUCAAGCACCACCUGCGCAAGUUGAUCUUCAGCGACCAGCCGAGGGCCCUCGGCUCUUGGAGCCUAUUGCGUGGGCUUGAUAGGCUGGAGACACUCCUGUUGUUGAACGUCAGAGAGGUGAACCUGACGACGGAUUUCAACUCACUUCCACCUAGCGUCAAGGAGAUCCAGAUUCUGGGAGCACACAUAGGCCGAGUCGAUGAAGACUGGUUGACCACGCUGCACGGCUUGAACGCCGUCAUGGUCAAAGAGACGAACCUAUGGAGCAUAUCAAGAUCGAUGCUGCCCAGGCCGGCACCGAGGUUGAUGAUAAUUGACCUGGCAGAAAACCGCCUGACAUCGUUGCCUGAGGACCUCACCGCGGAUAUGCCUGCAUUGCGACAGUUGGACGUCGGCUACAAUGAGAUCACGACGCUGCAUGAAAGCACCUUGGCGCCACUGAAGAGAAACAGAGGCUUCGUCAGCAUGACUGGAAACCCGAUCACAUGUGACUGCCGGAUGGCGUUCCUUCUGACGUACCCGAGGCAUUGGAACUACUACGUUUGUGCCAACCCCCCGUCCCUGGCCACCAGAUCCAUCCAGUCUCUCAGAGAAGCGGAGCUAUGCAGCGAAGUCAGCGGUCGUGGCCUGAGCAAUGACGUCACGGCUGAGAGCUGAGCCGAGAGUCGUGACGUUGAGCUGUCAACCUGCCACGUCAAUGUCGAUGGCGAGAAGGAACGCUCAUUGUGGUCUUUGAGCAGACGACGACAGGUUUUAUAUUGUAACGAGGCUUUAGUUGUUCGGGGGUCGUUCACAAGACCACCGAGGAGUCGCUCGCUCCUGAAAAGUGCGUCCGUCGCGGCUGACUCUCGUCAGGUGGCUCUCGAGCGGAAAAGCGCGCGUUCUUUUCUUUCCUACAAG